AUGGCAGAGGUUCUCCCACAUAGCCCGAUGCCCCACGGCGCGACCUUUGGCAGCGCCCCCCGUCCUCGACGCCCAAGCGAGGCCCGCCCUCUCCCCCCUUCUGCCCCCAACUCGCAGCCCGGAACACCAAAUCGCAUCAACAAAGCACUUCCCGCCGUCCCACAGUCAUCUAAAAAGCCAAAUGCAGCGGCGACGAGGUCCAAGACGUCCUUCCCCACACGCCGCCCUACGAGCCCCGACGUCGAGACGAUGAUCGCAAAGACACCGCGCCCGCGACGCCAGAGCUCCGCAACUUUUCACCAGCUGCCUGGCGGUGGCAUCGGUAUGGCUAGUGGGACGCGUUCGCGCACGAACUCGUCGGCAGUCGUGCCGUCAAGCUGGCGCGGCGCGAAGACGAACCCCAAGCAGGAUACUGGAGCGCCACUUGAGGAGAGCGAGCCGGUGGGUUCGGACUUGCUAGAGAAGGCGGAGGAGAGCGAGGAGGAGGACGGCGGGAGCGAGUCCGACUCGAGUAUCGACAUCCACACUCCUUUGCCACACCUUAUGUUCCGCGACGGUCUGCUCUCCCCACGCUCCAAGCUGCUUCCUGGCGGUGGUUCGGCGACGCUGUCGAUGUACUUGGACAACGACGAGCAGCCUGCCACAGGGAUCCGCGCGAACAGCGUCCUAAGUCUGGUUUCGACCUCUGGCAGCACUAUGACCAAGUCGGGGGUGCACCGAGACCCGCGUGACACGCAGCGGAGAAGAGUCCGGCACCGUGACCAGCAGCUCUUGCGGGCGGGGAUGGGUUUGACGACGGGACUUGGUUGGAGUGACAGCGAGGACGAAGACGCGCCGUCGCUCCUCACUCGCCGGCUCAUCAACACCAACCUCGCACGCCAGCCGUCGGCGAGCGCGUCCCGCCCGUCAUCCAAGCUAUCCAAGUCGUCUUCCGUCGGCCAUCUCCCCCAUGCCCCGACCUCGUACUCGCCCGUGCCCCGCUCCGGCGCGCGUACAGUCGCCCGCUCGGCCUCCCAGACCUUCUCCUCGCGUCUGAGCAUCGUUGAGACGGAGAGCAUCACGUCGAUCGACCUCCCGUCCCGCCCCCGCUCACAGUCGAAUGCCUCCGCGUCCUCGCUCAUCUCUUCAGCCUCCCGCGACUCGAGCAGCGCCCCCCACUCUGUGGCGUCCUCGCAGAACGCGCCCUCCGUCUCCGCUUCCGUCCGCUCUGCGACUUCGGUCCCGCGUCCGCUCCGCCUUCCGCAGACCGCGGGCAAGCAGGGCACGGUUGCAAGCGGCCACUCCGUCACCCGCUCAACAUCCGCCAUCGCCCUUUCCGCGACGGCAGCUGCCUCUGCGACCGCUUUCGUCUCCCCGUCGGCGUCCACGGCCACGACCAAGCCGGCUCCCAUUGCCAAAGCCGCCGCCGCUGCCCCAUCAGCCCGCACGCGAUCACGCACACACUCGAACCCCGGUCCCCGCCCGAUGCACUCGCUCGUCACCGGCGUCCCCCGCCCGGCCGCCUCCAAGGCCAUCUCUCCCCGGGCUCUCCAGUCCGCCGUCAUGGCUCCCGUGCGCUCCGCCGCGCCUUCCUCCGGCACGUCCACGCCGGCCCCCACGUCCGCAUGCGGGCCCGGCGAUUUCCCCCUGCCCCCGACCAGUACGCCAGCGGGCUCGUUUUCGCCCCUCUUCGCAGGGGUCGUCCGCCCGAACCCGAUGGUGAACAUCAACUUGCGCACGAUGGCGUCGUCGCCGUCGCCGAUGUCUUCGGUUGCAUCGCCGCUGGCUUCGAGCGUGGGCACGGGCGCGGGCGGGCGGGUGCUGAAUACCGUCGGCGUCGGCAGGCGCCCACCGAGGACAGGCACGGGGAUGGCGUACCGGAACAGCUCGUACUCGAGCAUGUACGAGACGUCGCGCCUCGGCGGGCGCACAUCCAUCGCGUCGUAG